AAAAGGCUAGUACGACCGUUAUGCUCUCAAAUCUCGCCUAAACAUUCCCCUUUCACUGCUCUCACUCUCUCCCCUCUCUCUCUCUUACUCGCUUUUCCUCUCACGCUCUCGUCGGCAACGGUCAUUUUUCCGCUCUUUCUUUUCCUCUCCGGAAAUUCCCACUACAAACCUUAAUAGAAAGAAAAACUCUGUUAAACUCUGGAAUUUUAUUAACUCUAAACUUUGGUUUUUUUCUCUCUUUAUUAAUUUUUGGAAGUGAAGAUUUCGGGGAUCAUAAUAGAUACGGUUAGGGUUUGGAGGAGAGUGAGAUUAAAGAAUCAGUCAGAGUGGAAUUGAAUUGUGAGUGCACGCAAUGGUAGCUGCAGUGUCCGCAACGGUAAACCCCAAACAGCACGGAGGAGGGCCACACCAGCACCCGUCACGGCCUCCGUUAUUGCCUUCCGACCCGGACAAUGCCAUCGCUCCCCGCCGUCAAAAAUUCCGAGAAGUCACUUCUCGUUAUUUGUCCACGUCGUCAUCCUCCUCAAAUUCUUCCACAUCAUCGUCAUCUUCUUCCGCGGCUUCCACCAAACGGUGUCCGUCGCCUUUCGUUGCGAGGACUUCUCAUUCGACGGCCGUUAUGACGCCGACGCACGCGACUCCCUCAGCCAUCAAGCGCUCGCAAUCAGUGGAACGGAGGCAAGCGGUGACGCCUCGCCAUAAUAAUUCUUUGGAUUUUAGAACCAGUAACGGGAACAACAACAACGGCGAAUUGUCCGCUGUUCAAAAGUUGCUCUUUACUUCGACGAGAAGCUUGUCCGUUUCGUUUCAGGGAGAGUCGUUUUCCUAUCAGUUUAGCAAAGCUAAACCAGCUCCCUCUCCAAGCGCGGCAAGAAAAGGCACGCCGGAGAGGCGGAAGCCAACGGCGGCAACAACGACUCCAGGGAGAGCAACAGAUCAAAUGGAAAAUUCAAAGGCGGAGCGGUGGCCUGCGAGGUUAAGGCAGCCGAAUUCGAUGAGUAGAAGCAUGGAUUGCACCGACGAGAGGAAGAGAUUAAAAGGAUCUGGGAACGGCAAUGUAGUCAGGGCACUACAAGAUUCCAUGAUUGAUAAUAGAGAUUUAACGGUUGUUUCGGCUGUUGGAUCUGAGGCCCAAUGUGAUCCCGCGGUUUCUGAUACUGAAAGUGUUUCUUCUGGUAGUACUUCGGGAGCUUUAGAAAGUUCUUGUAACGGUAACGGAGACAUUAAGCGCGGGCCUCGGGGAAUAGUUGUCCCGGCUCGUUUCUGGCAAGAGACUAAUAAUCGGUUACGCCGCUCAGAUCCUGGUUCGCCAGUCUCUAAGAAAAAUACGGCGCAGUCUAAGCUAAUUGCACCAGAGAAGUUUGGAAUUGAUAGUCCUUUAUCAUCUCCGAAAAGUGUAGUGAACAGCAGAGGGCAGUCAUCCCCAAUUCGCGGGCCAGUUCGGCCUGCAUCGCCGAGUAAGCUUGGGGUAUCCUCAACUUCGUCUCCUUUGAGGGGAAUGAGUCCCUCCAGAGUGAGGAAUGGGUUGGGUAGUAAUUUGGUUAAUACGCCGUCAAUUUUGAGCUUUGCUGGUGAUGUUGUUAAGAUGGGCAAGAUUGGGGAGAAUAAGGUUUCAGAUGCUCAUUUUUUGAGGCUACUUCAUAACAGGUUGUUGCAGUGGCGUUUUGUUAAUGCUAGAGAAGAUGCUGCUCUGUCUUCCCAGAGGUCUAAUGCAGAGAAAAGUCUUUAUAAUGCAUGGAUAACUACCUCAAAACUGCGAGAAUCUGUUAGAACCAAAAGAACUGAGUUACAGUUGCUUAGGCAAAACUUGAAGCUGAUGUCCAUCCUCAAGGGGCAAAUGAUAGUUUUGGAUGAAUGGGCCAUCCUGGACCAUGAUUAUUGCAGUUCUUUAUCUGGAGCUACCGAAGCUUUAAUGGCUAGCACGCUCCGCCUUCCAGUUGUAGGUGGGGCAAGGGCUGAUAUCCCAAAGUUGAAUGAUGCUAUUUGUUCGGCAGUUGACGUAAUGCAGGCAAUGGCAUCCUCCAUAUGCUCAUUGUUAUCAAAGGUUGCAAAAGUGAACUCUUUCGUGGCAGAACUUAGAAAUUUAAGUGCAAAUGAGUUUGCUUUACUUGAUCAGUGCAAAGAACUUCUGUCAGCAAUUGCAGCCAUGCAGGUGAAGGAAUGUAGCUUGAGAACACACCUUUUACAACUAAACCGAUAAUCCUUUACCUUCCAGUUUGACAACAGAAUUGUAAAGAUGAAGUGAUUUCACUGCCUUUCCCUAAUACUAACAUGACAUCAAACCCCACUUCCAUUUCAUCCGAAUUUGUGGUGCAAAAGGUAAUAAGGAAAGUGUUCGAUGAUCAAUUGCAAUUUACAAGCAUGAGAGUGAUCAUUUGGUCCUUUGUUUUGAUACCUGAAAAACUUUAGCUUUUUGUAUAAUUUGAUGUGUAGGUUGGAGGAAAUAUUCUCAUUUGUGAAGUUAGAUAGUAUACAGGUACUUUCUUUUUUUUUUUGUUCUUUUUAUAUAGGCCAAAGGAAAGUGUGUAAAUAUGUAUAAAUGAUGUUUCCAUUUUCAGUCAAUGGGUUCUUAAUUUAAGUAUUGUUUUUGUCU